GUCUUGUUUCAGGCCAUCCAAGUGUCCGUCGCACUACUUUGUCUAGAUGGCCAGCUUGUGGUCAAAUUGCCAAGUGGUGACCUCUCUUGUGGAAACUGUCCAAUGUGUCCUCCAGGAUUCGGCGUAACGUUACCUUGUAGAAAUACUGGUCAUGUACCCUCUGGCACCUCUAUGACUUGUAAAGCUUGUCUACCAGGGGAGUAUUCCGACUCAGUGUCCUCUGAGAGUUGUAAAACCUGCUCGAAGUGUCUCCCUGAUGAGGAAAUUGUCGCAAAUUGUACCAACGUCUCCGAUACACGUUGUAGCUGCAAACCUUGUCCUAAGGGCUACUACCGCAACAAGACCAUCUCCAGAUGCCUCCCUUGUUCAAGCUGUUGUUUCUUUGAUGGAGCAGAUGAGGUUGUCACGCAGUGUGUCAGUCAGGGGUUACCUCGCAGUCAAACAUGUAGCUACCAGCAAAGGAAAUCAUGUGCCUCUAAAUGUUGGUACGAUGAGAUUACAGUUCUAAAUCGUGAUGGAAAGCGGCAUAGCUGUCAACUCUGCCCAAUAUGCUCAAAAAACAUGGGCCUGACUGUACCUUGUGGAAGUAUUACUAGUGAAGACAAGUUUAUUGGGUGUGAACUUCCUACCUUGGGAAAAACAUUUCUUAAUUUUCAAGGAGUAAUACAAUCUUGUAGCAUCUGUCCUCCUGGACAAGGAGUGGUUGCUAAUUGUUCCCACAAAUCCGAUACCUCUUGUGGCGGAUGUAAAGAAGGAUUCUACUAUAACCCACUUUCAGGAAGUUGCCAGGAAUGUUUUCUGUGCUGUAGCCUUAGUGAUAGUGACGCAAUAAUGCAAUGCAUAAAAGAAGGAACGUUCAGUGGGAUAACCAACUACAUACACUUGUCUUUGUUUAGAAACACCCAGCAAUCUGUUGGCGCUUAUGGAAGGUAUUGUCUGAAGUCAUUGUGGGAGCUGAAUACAUGGACUCUGACCACAGGUUUUAUAAUGAUCAUAUUUGUCUCUUAUUUUGCCUUCAACUUCGUCACUACAAGCAAACAUAAUACAAAUAGUAAAGUGCAAGACCCUCCCAGUCCAUUUCAGACUACAGAACUAGUGACUCCUUUGCAGAGACCACAGCAACACGAGAUUACACCAGAAACUGCUGAGGAUCCUCAAGGUGAGUUACACAGCGUCACAUUUGUUUUAAGGGGCUAUGUCACGCUAUUUACUCUUUUUAAAAAGCUAAAUUGGGUCUUCGCUUCAAUUGAAUUCCAAAAAUAACGGUCCAGUUUUUGUAUUCAAGGCUGUAUUUGAGCAUUACAACUGUUUCCUGUCGUCUGUUGAAACGAAUGGAAAGGAUGGACGUAGAUUGAAACUUCAGACCAUAGGGCCACCUUUUUCAUAUCUAAAGGCUAUGCCUCCCUCACCUCUAAAAAUAACCAGUAUGUAUGUGUUAGUGCUUCCUGAUGAAAUUCGGUUCAUAUCUUCAUAACUCUACAGGAGCCUUUUUUUUUUGCUCGGGUAAAGUCACUAAGUAAUGACUUCAGAACAUAAUUGACCUAAACAAAAAUAUAUUCUUGUGAUAUCAUCUAAGACCCUUUAAGUUGCGGUUACCUUCAUGUGUUUGUUUUUGGUGGGGCUGGAAGUGGGUGGUAUUCAACUGAUCAAAUUGUUGCCUUUUCUUUUUUUUUCAAUCUCGGGUCUUCCUUUCAUAUUAUCGCAGCCGUCUUCGUCGGUAAUUUCAACAACGAAAAGUAACUAUUCACGCCAUCGUGGAGUAACGAGUUGAUUAAGGAUAAUAAAAGGCUGAUCGAGUGUCAGAAAGAGGGAAAUGUAACAUUUGCUUGGGCUAGUUUAUAAAUACAAAACAACUGAAAGAAACCAAAAAAAAUAGUCAAAUAUAUAUACAAUAAAUAACAUGCACACUUAACACAAAGACAACUUAGAAUCGAAGUUAUCCAGUAAGUGUCAUUAUCACUACAGUCGCCAUCAUCGUUUAUUAGUCUCCUUAAUUCCAUGAUCGAGAUUGUUCACACUGGUCUCAGUAUAGAUUUGUAAUUUCCAGGUCCCAGGAAGAUGGAGUUGGAAUAUCCUGCAGAACAAAACACUGGUCAUUUGUUCUUUGAGAAGACAGGAGUUGAAGUUAUUGCUCUUUGCAAAAAUAAAACGACCGACCACUCUUUCUCAAAUCGAUUAGCUUUACAGGCCACGUCAGACUCAACCAAGCACGGAUUUCUCAAAGAGGACGAAAUUCAACUAAGUCCUGUAAUAACGUUUAUUUCAACUAGCAAAAAUGAUGGACCCUUCGAGGUUCAGAUACCCCAUGGGGCAAAUAUGAUUCUUUCACGUUCAAAGUGGAAUGUCAUGCUGAAAACGCUGCUGAACAACAGAUGGGUCACUGUUAGCCAAAAUGGACAGGGGAUUCACAGCUUUAGCCCUAAAAGUAACCAUGUAAGCUUCGAGACCGAUCGUCUCUUAACCUUCGUAGUUGUUGGAAAGUUACAAGACCACUUUCUGCCAGCAUUCAAACGAAUGAAGGUGGCAGCUUUUUGCAGUGAAACAAGCAUUGGGAAAGACCUUACCAUGAGGGUGUAUUGCUUUGACGACUGUGAAUAUUCUUUUGAGGUAUGUAUUAACCCGGUGGUUCUCUGUAGAGUGCACUUGACCCAUUCCGGGAAAAAACAAUUGGAGAUCUUUAUUAAUUCCAGCUGCAGCGAAUGUAUUAUAACUGAUGUUCUGUUUAUUUAUGGUGAAAACAUGUAAAGAUAAUGAUUUACCAGCCCACCUUUUCAUAUCACGAGGAAACGGCGAUCGAAAACUCUCACACCGUUCUUUUAAUGGAGCUUUCCAAGGAAGAGACAAACUUCAAUGCAGUAUUAAAGCAUGCUAUCAAAUAUGCCCCUUUCCUAAGGCCUUGAUGAGGUAAACUGAGUUGCUAUUUUAUGUUUGUGUUAGUGAAACGAAAGCUUGAUUAUUUGUCUUUUUUUUUCUCUUUACCUCGUUACCUUUAUAGAAACUUAUGAAGAAAGAGAAACGAGAGGGAGGAAAACUUAUCUCAUCCAUUGAGUCACUUGACUUUAUUGUUACCAGUGAAAAAGACGUGGAGAUUACAGUAAAAGAUACUGAGGGAUGGCAGCUGCAUCAGCCCUCCUUAAUGGUAGCACAUAUGGCCAUUCAUUUCUGGGAUAAAAUUUUACACUAAGCAUAUUAUCACAAUUCCUCUAUAUCCAGAUAAACACUAACUUUGUACCCUAUUGACUUACAGAUAGCUCUCUGCCGUUUAAAACGUCUGUGUUGUGACGAAUCAAAACCAGUGUGUCAGUGUAGAACAGCAAUGAUUAAUUUUGGAAACAGUACUUAUGUUUUGAUGUUCUACAGUAGAUACCUUUGUAGUACGUGAAAAUAAACAAUUUCAUCACAACUUUCAUCCAGUUUUGAUUUCACACAUAAAAAAAUUAAAAAAUCCGGCACUGAGUUUUUAAUACCCAUUUAACAAAGGCCAAUAACAACAGUCUUUAAUCUCUCUUGAUUUUUACUAUGGCGUGAAUAUCAAAUUCGUUACGGUGCUUCCUUAUGUAUUGCUUUUCCUUUUUUUUUUCUAUAGUUUUAAGGGAGUUUCCACUUCAUCCUUAUUAAUCAUUUGGCACCUUUUUUUUUCACUUACAGGACAUUGUUAUUAAUUUGCACCUCUUGAUAUUUUCCAGAAACUAAGGAACAGCUUUUUGAGGAGUUCUUUUGACGUCAUCCCUCGCUGUGAUCUGAUAUUUCAUCCAACUACAAACCCUGGAAAAAAUACCUUUUUUGUCAUGGUGACUUUGGCUCAGGAGCCAUCCAAUCAAACUGUGAUGUAUGCAAGUUCUGCAAUCAAAAAGGUACUUAAAUGA